CAUGGCCGCGCUGGUGCGGAGGGGCGCGCGGGGCCUGCUGCGGUGCGCGGACGCGGCGGCGACCCCGCGGAGGUGGCGACACAAGAAGAAAUGGGCUGCCACCGAGCCCAAGUUUCCUGCCACUCAGCUGGCUCUGCAGAGCUUUGACGUGACGUACAGCGUGCAGUUUGGAGAUCUGUGGCCAUCGAUCCGAGUCAGUCUUCUCUCCGAGCAGAAGUACGGCGCCCUGCUCAAUAACUUUGCCGCCUGGGAUCACGUGAGCGCUGAACUGGAGCGGCUGAAUGCCAGGGACUUUGUGAGUGAGGCCGUGGCCCGUGGGGCCCCGGAGCCCGAGGCGGGGCACACGGAAGCGCCAUCCUCCACUUCGAGGGGCUGCAGCCCAAACCUUCGAUGCUUCACUUUUGCCAGAGGAGAUGUCAGCCGAUUCCCUCAUGCCAGGCUUGGCAGCCUGGGUGUCAUGGACUACUACCUGAUGGACGCCGCCUCCUUGCUGCCUGUCCUGGCUCUCGACCUCCAGCCCGGUGACACUGUGCUUGACCUAUGUGCAGCGCCUGGAGGGAAGACGCUGGCAUUGCUUCAGACUGGUUGUUGCCGCAAUCUUGCUGCUAAUGAUCUUUCAACUUCCCGAACCAGCAGACUGCAAAAGGUCCUUCAUAACUAUGUGCCUCAAGGUUUCAGGGAUAGGAAUCGAGUUCGAGUCACUUCGUGGGAUGGCAGGAAGUGGGGAGAACUCGAGGGGGACACCUAUGACCGGGUGCUGGUGGAUGUGCCCUGUACCACAGACCGGCACUCCCUCUUCGAGGAGGAGAACAACAUCUUUCAGAGGUCGAGGAAGAAGGAGCGGCAGAUGUUGCCUCUGCUGCAGGUGCAGCUUCUCGCGGCUGGACUCCUUGCCACCAAACCCGGAGGCCAUGUUGUCUAUUCAACCUGCUCACUCUCACACCUGCAGAACGAGUAUGUGGUACAAGGCGCCGUCGAGCUGCUGGCCAAUCAGUACAGCAUCGAGGUUCAGGUGGCCGACCUGAGUCCCUUCCGAAAGCUUUUCACGGACACGUUUUCUUUCUUCCCAUCCUGCCGGGUUGGCGAGCUGGUAAUCCCAAACCUCACGGCCAAUUUUGGGCCUAUGUACUUCUGUAAAAUGCGCAGACUGCAAUAAACAGCAUCACCUUCGGCUGUAGAAGGCCAAAGGUAUGUUUUCCUGGACUCUCCAGAAACAGACCAGUGGCGGAGAUGCGCUCUGGAUCCUGGCUCUCGGACGAUCAAGUCUUUCCUGGGUAGCUUUCAGCAGCAGUCGGAGUUUUUCUGUCCUGCUGUCCAGUUGUGGCACAUCAACAGGUUUCUCACUCGCCCACUCAGCCUCCGUCUCCAAGCCUGCUCUGGGGGUACCUGCCUGAUCAGGGGCUUAAGAAGACAGGCCUGACAGCAGGCCUUCAUGCUGCGCUAUAAAAAUCGGAAAGAAGAAUUUGACCAGUGCAACUGCUUGUGCUGCUAAGAGCCGGGGCUGCAGCUGGGGGCCUCGUGUUGUUCAAACUCUGUUCCUUUUGUACCAGCAACUGCCACUACCUACUGUCUGUACACCCAAAAGCCCGGGGCUCAGCCCAAUUUCAGCCCUUCUCCCACUUGAGGGGAAUUCUGUCUGCAUUGUAAGUCUUAAGACCCAUGGAUCCGAAUAAGCCUACCUGGUCUCUCCCUAUGGCUCUUGAGCUAAUUUAAGGAGUAAGGAAAGAUGUUAAGCCCACGCUUAUUAAUCUGUUUACUUACAUGGAGAAAGUUCUCCUGAGCUAAGUAAUUCCGUUACUGGCAACAACUGCUGCCUAAAUCUGGCUGAAGAGCUCCUCUGCCUCAAGCCUGGGGCUCUCUUUUGUGUAUUUGUUCGUUCCACCAGCAAGUAUGCCUGAGGGAGUGUAGCUGGAAGAGCUGGAGAAUGGGCGUUGGCAUCGCGGGAGAGAAGAUCACCCUCAGCCCGUGGAGUUGGAGCCUCAUGUUUGCUUUCUCCAAACAUUUUGCCUAUCAUCUGUUUACUUGUUUUGCUUUAAAACAACAACAACCAAAAAAAAAAAAGAGCAAGAAAAAUCAAAGCGAUUGUUGAACCCUCUUGCCAGUUCUGUGACUUUCAAAUCAGGCCGUUUAUCUCCUAGCAUCAUAGGUCUCACCACCUCCCAAGUGUGUGUGAUGUGCUGGUCACGUUUCUUUGGUGACUCUGGCACAAAGAAGGUAGCUACUGCUGUCGGGAAUAUUAAAGUUUGCUUAUGGCCACUCGAA